AUGCCAACAUCGAAUGAAACAUACAUCUAUCCUGAUCCAUGCCCACAACAACAACAACAACAAACGACUAAAAUGCGUUCACCUAAUUCAAUUGAACAAAAUCGUACAGAAUCAAUGAAAGAUUUAGCGGAUUGUGUUGAACAAAAUGGUGGUCUUAGGGGAUAUUUAUCUAAUGAAUCCAUUCAAUGUUCCAAUAAUAAUAAUAACAAUAAUCCAAAGCCAGCUAGUAUAAACGUAAAUACAACAAUGAGUAGUAUGAACGAUAUCACAAUGACAUCGGAUCAGCAUAGCAGUAGUAAUAGUAUCACAGGUGGUGGUGUUACUGGUAGUGAUGGAGAUCGAGAUGGAGGUGGUGUUAAUCAGUUUGGCAAGAAAUUUUCAAAAACCAAUUAUUCCACACACAAUCACCCUCAUCAUCAUCAAUCACAAUUACAUCAAAAUGGCAAUGCGAGUACAGGAGCUGAGAAAAUGUCAAGAACGAAUUUAUACAUAAAAGGAUUACCAGAAAAUUUUGAUGAUGAACAAUUAUGGCAAUUGCCACCGGAUCAAACAAAAAUCAAAUCAGUAAAAGCAGCCACUGAUGAGGAUACCAAAUGUCGGGGAUAUGGAUUUAUUGAUUUUGUCUCUGAAGAUGCUGCCAAUGAAGCAUUACAACAAAUUAAAGAAACUCAUCCAUCAUUUACAAUUAAAUUUGCAAAGGAAAAUGAAAAAGAUAAAACCAAUCUAUAUGUGACAAAUCUUCCAAGAACAUGGACAACAAAAGAUAGUGAUCAGUUGAAAGCAGUAUUUGAACGAUUUGGUCAUAUACAAUCAGCAUUUGUUAUGAUGGAACGCUUAACCAACAAAACAACUGGUGUUGGUUUUGUACGGUUUGUCAAUGAACAAGAUGCAGUGAAUGCUUUAGAAUCUUUAAAAUUGCAUCCACUCACUUUACCUGAUUGUUCUGUUCCAGUCGAAGCGAAAUUCGCUGAUAAACAUAAUCCAGACACAAGAAGACGACGUUAUCCUGUCACAGCGACAACUGCAGCAGCCGCGGCAGCCGCAGCUGCUGCCGCCGCUGCCUCAGCAACAAUGAUUGCUAAUGUUAAUUAUAAUAAUCUAUUGAAUUGUCCUUUAUAUACAACACCGAAUGGUUUAACAUUAACAUCACAUGAUGCUUUAGCUUCAUUAUUAAAUACAGGUUUAGUUAGUCCAUCGAUUGUCAAUAGCCAAUUAGCAAAUUUCUCCGCUUUACAACAAAAAUCCACAACAGAUUUUACAUCACGUUUUAAUUCCGACUUAUUGAAUGGUUUUAUACAACCAACUAAAUUUUCUAAUGAUUCAUCGAACAAUACUACUUGUAAUAAUACCACUAAUAUUAGUCAUUAUAAUCAUAACAAUAGUAUAAAUAACAAUAAUACUAAUAAUGCUAAUGGUUUAGUUACUGAUUUCAAUGGUAGCGGAACACGUGAAUCAAAUUUAGCUGCAUUGGCGGCUGCCGCAGCCGCUGCGGCAUCAACUAUAUUCUGUGGAUCACCAACACCGAAUAAUUUCAUGAAUAAUUGUCUACGUUCUAAUCCUACUGUAAAUGGUACACCGAAUUUAAAUGCCGGAUUAUUAUCAGCUAAUCAAAUUGCUCUACUUGGUACACCGACUAUCCCUUCUCCAGAUACAAAAUUAUUUGAUCCUAGUUUAUACGGAUGUUCAUUAUACGGGACUGAUUACUUUCGCCCACAACAACAAUCUCAUCAGCAUGCACAGCAACAGCAACAACAACAACAGUCUCAUCAACAAUCACAAAAACAACAACAACACUUACUCUCUGUUGCCAUGGCAGCAAUGACCAAUCCGACUUUACAAGGAUGUGUUUAUCCAACAACAGCUGAUUUAAAUACUACUUUCAAUGCUACUUAUCAAAAUUUUUUGAAUUCACACAAUUCAACAACUAUUCCAAUACAAACUGAUGCACUUGGUAAUUGUUUAACUGGUACACCAGAGAAUAUUACUUUGAAUGGUACAAUUUAUGCCAAUCAUCCUCAUCAAUCCCAACAGCAACAAACACAACAACAAAAUAAUUUACUUCCGUCAACACCAAUUCCAGGUUCCAUAACACAUAUUCCUGAUGCAUUAAAUAAUAGUACUAGACCGGAAAGUGGAUUAUAUCAAUGGUUAAUACCAAGUCAUUUACUUAAAACUAACGGUAAUAAUAAUAGUAAUACUAAUAAUAAUACUAAUAAUGAUUGUCAUAUGACAAUACCGGCUUCACCAGCGUUUUCAUUGAACCCUGCCAAUCAUUUAAUUGGAUUAGAUAAAACCAAUCGACAUGUGCAAAUGUUAUUAUAA